AUGAAGCAUCCGUUCCAGAUUGUAUUGGUUAACAAAGCAGGCACGCAUUUAUUUGCCUCCGUCAAGAACCACUUGCAGGUUUUUCGCCUCAGCGAUGGGAAAGUUGUUGGAUCCUGGAUUGAUACUGUAGACAUGUUCACUCCAUUGAAGAAACAACAGGAAGAAAAGAUAAAAGUUUUACAAGAGCAAAAUAAGCAGACAGAAGAAAGCGAAAAUAAUGAAAUUAAAAACGAAUCUGCCGAACCAGCAGAAAAGAAGUCUAAGGGUAAUGACUCCAAGCCGAUCAAAAUUCCUAAGAUCCCAGUGCCAGGUCCAGGAGCUCCACCUAUCUACAACUAUAUACGUUCAUUGGCAUUGUCAGAAGACGAAAAACAUUUGAUGGGAACCACUGACAGCGACAAGGCUGCUAUCAUUUUCAAGGUAGACUUGAGCUCUGAAGGGAACUGCUUGACUUUAAUCAAGAGACAAGUGUUUCAAAAGAGACCUUGUGCUGUUUCUUCAGACCAAGAAACUCUUAUCGUAGCCGAUAAGUUUGGUGAUGUUUACUCCAUUGGAAUCGACAACGAGGCUCCAGUAGACGAGAAAGAGUUAAGUCCUAUUUUGGGCCAUGUCUCGAUGUUGAGCGAUGUGUUGGUAGCCACCUACAACGACAAGAAGUUCAUCUUGACAGGUGACAGAGAUGAACAUAUUAGAGUUUCGAACUAUCCCAAGUCAUAUGUGAUUAAGAACUGGUUAUUUGGUCAUCAUGAGUUUGUUUCUAAUUUGCAUAUACCCGAAUUUGACUCUUCUUUACUUGUGAGUGGAGGUGGUGACGAUUACCUCUGUUUAUGGAAGUGGUAUGACAACCAGUUGUUGAGCAAGAUCGAAUUGAGAGAUUUGUUAUUGCCUUUCUUGGAAGAAUUCCAUUUACCUCCAGAAAGAUUCUUGACUGAUGAAUCUCAGAAAGAAAUCUCAAUUGCGAAGAUUUUAACCUUUGUUUCAAAGAAAUCCCAAAAGAAGUACAUCGUAGUUUUGGCUGAGAAUACCAAGUGUCUCUUGACUUUUGAACUCAAAGCCGACAAUACAGUCACUCAUAAACAGACAUUGACCACCGAUUUUCCUAUAAUAGAUAUCUGCUUGAUCAGCGAGAACUCUUCAAUCAUUGCUGCUGUUGAUAGAGAAACGUCAGACAGUCUUUUGGAGUUUUACACUCUUGGUGACGAAGAUGUCUUCGAAGUUCAAAGCCAUACCGACAUUAUCCAAACUAUCACUCUGGCCAAUGAGUGUGAUGUCGAAAAGAGACGCGAAUUCUACCCCUUGUACUAUAUAAACACUUUACGUAAGAGAAGUGAACAUUAG